AUGGCGAUCAGGAAGCAGGUAGCACCACUAAUUGCUUACGCAAGAACAUAUUACUUCCAAUACACAGUAAUACUUCUAUGUAGCAUAUUCUUCAUAUAUUCAGAAUUCAAGUUAGUACCCAGAUGGGAGACUAUCAAAUUUCAACUGAAUGAUCCAAGUAUAGGAAAAGAGUUUAAGGAUGAUGAAUUGGUCAGUGACAUUGAAUGUGUUCUAAUGGCCGUAUUAAUUGGAAUGAUAAUCAUUUCAUGGUACUGCCUUAUGAAAUCUCACAAACAGUCUAUCAAGAAACUAGCUGGUCCGUGGUUAAAUAAUAAACCAGAGUGGUUAUCAAAGGAAUACCACCUUUUCCAUAUUAGUGUACUAUGCUUAGCAUUAAUAUUAAGUAUAAAUGGUACAUUGACGAAUUCUUUGAAACUUAUAAUUGGUAACACACGUCCUGAUUUUCUGGAAAGAUGCCAGCCAGAUUCCAACCAAAUCCAGAAUGGAGACCCCAAUGCAUACUACACUGCACAGAUAUGUACACAGAAAGAUACAAGAUUACUUUAUGAUGGUCUGAAGAGUACGCCAAGUGGGCACUCUAGUUUUAUUAUGUGUGGUUUGGGGUUCAUUUACUUUUGGCAAUGUAAAUUUAUUUCAGGGAACCCGUUACGAAAUAUAUGGUGUUUGUUCCUUAUUACAAUAGUCAUGAUAUCUAGAAUCGUAGACCAUAAACACCAUUGGUAUGAUGUCAUAUCUGGUGGUUUGUUGGGUGUAGGUAUAGUAAUUACAUGUUGGAGGUGGAUGUUUAUACAAAAACGUGCAUCUGCGUCUGUUCUACCCCCACCAAUUUCUCUAUGA